GCGCGCGGACCUGUUCCCACGUUACCGCCACGCUCGCACGGAAUCGCACCCUCGGCGCAUCGUCGCCGGACGUGAGCCACGAGCCUAACAGCCGCGUCGCGUCCCCGUCGGGAAACAUUUCUGACUCGUUUAGCUUUUGUUCAGAUAACUUCGCUCUAAUAAACUCUAGCACUAUCACCGGUAUUCACUCACCACCUGAGGAGGUUGGGUCAAGAGGGUGACGGUUGAAUAAUAUGUAAAACGUCACUGGACAGUGACGACAUCCAGACAGCAGUUGCACUUGGUGUACGCCUUCGCUGCUCUCUAGCGUCCAAGAACGAAGAUGGGCAAGAAAAAUUCAAAACUAAAGCAAGACACGAUUGACAGAUUGACAAAUGCGACAUACUUUACAGAAAAGGAAAUAAGGCUCUGGCACAAAGGCUUUCUAAAGGACUGUCCAAACGGAUUGCUGACUGAACAGGGCUUUAUCAAGAUCUACAAACAAUUCUUCCCUCAAGGUGACCCCAGUAAAUUUGCUUCGCUAGUGUUUCGAGUUUUCGAUGAAAACAAUGACGGGUCCAUUGAGUUUGAAGAGUUUAUACGAGCUCUUUCGGUGACGUCACGGGGAAAUCUGGACGAAAAGUUACAUUGGGCAUUUCGCCUGUACGACGUCGAUAACGAUGGAUAUAUAACAAGAGACGAAAUGUAUAACAUAGUGGAUGCGAUCUACCAGAUGGUGGGGCAAACACCACAGCCCGAGGAUGAAAAUACGCCCCAGAAGCGGGUCGACAAAAUCUUCGAUCAGAUGGACAAGAACCACGACGACCGUCUCACCCUUGAGGAGUUUCGAGAAGGGAGCAAGGCCGACCCACGCAUUGUUCAGGCCCUAUCUCUUGGGGGCGAUUAAUCGACGGUCAUCCUCUCGCCGGAUUUCUCAUUUACUUCUGAAACAUAAACCACCCCCUUACUUACUUGUUUCUUUUAUUUGCCUAUGACUCUAUCAACGUCACAGAGUUAUUACCUAAUCAGACAUUCAAAAUCUAAACACGCUUGAUAAAAACAUUUUAAAUACAAAAAUUUCGUUUGAAGCAUGGUUACAAUUUGAAUGUCAGGUAAAUAAGCCCCGGGUCCUGAGCUAAGAUUCUUUAUUUAUGGCAUUCAUUUUGCAACCUACCCGCAAAUGUAAUUUAUGACGUCAACCCGUUAUUGUAUAAAGAAUUUCACGCAUAAUACACGAAUCCGAUGUCAUAGAGAUUCAGGGCCUUGAUCGUAUGAAAUGUCUUUGGCUAUCCAUUUGCAAUACAAAUAAAGUUUUAAUUUUGUAUGCUUCUUAUUUGCCAAUAUGAAUUCGAAAGGUGUUAGUCAGUUUGAUAAUUUGAUUGGUGUCAGGUUGGUUAUCUUAGCAUUUAGAAACAUUUAUCUAAAGUUGAUCGUAUUUACAUUACAAUUCGUUCUGAGUUAUCUUACCUCUGUCUAUAACGUUGGUAAAACUGUAGGUAACUGUACCUAGCAUAUUGUUGUGACCACAGUUGUGACGGAUACGAAACAAUCAGAUUGAUGAUUAUGUUUUAUCCUGAAUAGGGACGGAUUGGAGUUAACCCAAUCAAUAAAUUAAAUCAUUCGUUAAUUCAUUUAAUCACGUUACUAAUAUUGCUUGUAGAAUAACAUAUUUACGAGUACAAAACUAACAAGUAUGGUAACAAAAUUUUAAUACUCAUAUAGUUAACUGGAAGUAAUGACAAAUUUCAGAGGUAAAAUAACUCUGAUUGUACGCUAGUAUGAUUUAUUUUUCGAUUGUUUAUCAGGUACAAUUGGAUUACUAUAUUAGGAACGAUCCUUUGAAAGUACAACAUAU